UUCCUCUCGCCGUGUUCCCGUGCCGUUCCGGUCUUCAGGGCGGACUGUGAGAGGAGAGGAGUUCGUCACGCUGCCCCGCCUACAUCCUGGCUGCCCCACCUACAUCCUGACAGCCAAUGUUUGCCACGCUCCGCGGGCCGGAUUAAAAGAGUCCUGACUUUUGGGGCGGCCGCCCGAGAGGAGGGAGGGGAGCGGGCGCCCCGGCACACAGAAGAGCCGCAUUGAAGUGUGUAAAGAGGCCGCAUGUGGCUCGCGAGCCGCGGCUGCCUGUCACCUGGUGGGCAGUGUGCUCCGGAGCCGCAGCAAAGGUGAAAAAGAGCCGCAUGCGG